AAAGUGACAGUUUGGUUUUUUGUUCGCGGUUUCAGUUCGUCGUCAUAUCGGAACACGGUGCGUCGCAGGAAAUCGUUUUCGGUUCCCGUGCGAGCAGCUGCUCCCGAUUCUCCAGCGCGGCCGCAAGGUCACACCCGCCGGACCCAACGGAAUGGAAUGCAACUCCACGUAAUCGCGUCGCGAAACUAGGUCACGUCGACGAAACGGGAUUUGCGUGUUGGCCUUUUUUUUGCAUAUCAUAUUUGUCUUUUGCUCAACGCGCCAUGGCUCUGCUGCCGCCGGAUCCGGUUUACUGUCUGAAAUCACCCGAUCUGAGUCCGUUUCAUUCGCUGUGCUUUCACACGUCCGAGCGGAUCUACGCCGGCACCGGCAAGGGAACCGUCCAGCUGUGGGAUUUGCACACGAACCGCUCCCCGUACCAACUCCCGGUCGGUCCCAGCCCGGUGAUUGCCCUGGACCACACCGAAGAUGCCGCCUUGCUAACUCAGGAGAAGAACGACUGCGUGGUCAAGCUGUGGCAGCUGACCAACUCGGCGUACGUCGAGAGUCACCAGGUCAGCACGGACCACGUCGGCUUUUGCCGGUUCGUGUACAACCCGUCCGCCGUGGGUGGCCCAGCUGUGAUAGUUCCCCGCGGGGGAUCCAACAUUUCCAUCCUGUGCGGCCGCACCCUGGCCGAGCGGCAGGUGCUAGUCGUUGAAGAUGGCGCCGGGCUGCCCCCGCUCGGAACCGUAAUGUGCUUCUUGCCCGUCCAACUCGGCGCCGCCGGAGUGACCUACCUGUUGGCCGGCUACGAGUCCGGCACGCUCGUACUGUGGGACCUGAACUGCUCCAAGGUGGUGAGCCACCUCAAACUUGCCACGGCCGACGACGAAUGCCUCAUGACGCUAGACUACGACCCCGUGACGAACCGUGGCGUUGCCGGCGGAUCGUCCGACCGGAUCACGGUCUUCUCGCUGGACCGCGCGACGGGUGAAAUCCGGCGCAAGUCCGACAUCGGAAUCAAGAACGCGGGCGUGCACCGGGUGCGCAUCCGCAAGGACCUGAAGGUGUUUUCCAGCGCCGGCUGGGACGGCCGCAUUCGGAUCUUCUCGUGGAAGAGUCUGCGGCCGUUGGCGGUCCUCACGGAACAUCGCGGCGGCGAGCUGCUCGACCUGGCGUACUCCGAGGAUAAGGUCUCGAUGUGGAAGGCCGCCAUCAUGGCGGCGGCCGGCUCCGACGGGCAGAUCUCGCUGUGGGAUUUGUACAACUGAGAGUGAGGUAAAUAAAACCGCGGACGAUUUUUUUUCUUACAAUUUUACUUUAUUAUUCACAUAUGAGUUCCGACAAUUUUUGUUUGCAUUUUCGUUAGAAUUUUUUCACAUGAUACUCGUUACUUAACAUUAUUUUUGUCGCGUUUAAACCUUCAAAAUUGUUAAGAGAUUUACACAUUUAUGAUGCGGUUGUAACAACACACGAAACGAUUCUUGACUGUGACGAAAUUUUGCCUAACCGGAAGUUACUUUAAAAGUACGCAGCACGCCCAUUUAAAUUUACACAGCUUUCGGCUUAUUUGUUCUGAACGACGAAUCUACGAGACUAGAGCAUAUAUUAUAAUAUAAAUAUAUUACUAUUUUUACUACAUGUUUACAGAAAACAAAAAUAUUCACAAA